AUGGAGACUGGGUGCUGGUUGCUGGGGGGCGAGUUCGAGGACUCGGUGUUCGAAGAGAGGCGGGAGCGGCGGCCUGGACUGCCGGCGUCCUAUCGCGCCAAGCGCUGCGAGCCGCAGUGGUUUUAUGAAGAAACGGGGAGCAGUGAUGAAGUUGAAGCUCUAACUCUGAAGAAAUUCAAAGGGGACCUCGCCUACAGACGGCAAGAGUAUCAGAAAGCACUGCAAGAGUACUCGAGUGUCUCUGAAAAACUGCCAUCUACAAAUUUUGCCAUGAAAAGGGAUGUCCAGGAAGGCCAGGCGCGGUGUCUGGUUCACCUGGGAAGGCACACAGAAGCCCUGGAGAUCGCUGCAAACUUGGAAAAUAAAGCAACUAAUACAGACCAUUUAACCACUGUGCUCUACCUCCAAUUUGCUAUUUGUUCAAGUCUGCAGAACUUGGAGAAAACAAUCCUCUGCCUACAGAAACUGAUUUCUUUGCAUCCUUUUGAUCCUUGGAACUGGGGCAAAUUGGCGGAGGCUUACCUGAGUCUGGGGCCAGCUCUGUCAACAUUGUGUGCGUCAUCUCAAAAACAGAACAGUUUUACCUCCAGUGACAAAACCAUCAAAUCCUCCUUUACACACUCAGGAAAAGACUGUCUUUUGUGUUUUCCUGAAACGUUGCCUGAGAGCCCUGUGUUUUCUGUGGAAGCAAGCAGCAGUAAUAACCAGAAGAAUGAGAAAGCUAUGAAAAAUAUUCAGAACUGUGUGGCAGAAAAGAGAGAAGCAGUGUUGCUAGAGACUCAGAUGAAAGCGUGUGCCUCCUUUAUACGAACCAGGCUUUUGCUUCAGCUCACCCAGUCUCAGCAAACCUCGUUUGCUUUGGAGAGGAAUUUAAGGACUCAGCAGGAAAUUGCAGAUAAAAUGAAAGAGUUCGGCUUCAAAGAAGACACUUUGCUGUUGAUAGCUGAGGUUAUGGGAGAAGAUAUCGUCCCAGAAAAAAUAAAAGAUGAGGUUCACACAGAGGUGAAGUGUGUUGGCCCUACAGCCCUGACUGCCUUGGUGAUUGCAUCUUCGAAAGAAUUUGAAGACAAAUGGUUCAGAAAGAUCAAAGACCACUUCUGUCCCUUUGAAAAUCAGUUCCAUACAGAGAUAGAAAUCUUGGUUUAG